AUGCAGCCAGCUCAGUGUCCAGUUUCCUUUGAGGAGGUGGCUGUGCGUUUCACCAAGGCUGAGUGGGCACUGCUGAAUCCCGACCAGAGAGCUUUGUAUAGGGAAGUCAUGGUGGAGAAUUACGAGAACGUGGCCUCUAUAAUCCGUUCAGAGGAAAAACAAUAUAAAUGCUUGGAAUGUGGAAAGAACUUCACUCACAAACAAGGACUCACUUCUCAUCAGAGAAUCCACACAAAGGAGAAGCCAUAUGUGUGUUUGAAGUGUGGGAAAGCCUUCCGUUGGAGCACAGCCCUCACUUCCCAUCAGAGAAUCCACACAAAGGAGAAGCCAUAUGUGUGCUUGGAGUGUGGGAAAACCUUCCGUUGGAGCACAGCCCUCACUUACCAUCAGAGAAUCCACACAAAGGAGAAGCCAUAUGUGUGCUUGAAUUGUGGGAAAACCUUCCGCUCGAGCACAGCCCUCACUUCCCAUCAGAGAAUCCACACAAAGGAGAAGCCAUAUGUGUGCUUUGAGUGUGGGAAAACCUUCAGUUGGAGCACAGCCCUCACCUCCCAUCAGAGAAUCCACACAAAGGAGAAGCCAUAUGUGUGCUUGGAGUGUGGGAAAACCUUCCGUUGGAGCUUAUCCCUCACUUCACAUCUGAGAAUCCACGCAGGGGAGAAACCGUACAAGUGCACGGAGUGUGGAAAAGGCUUCAGUCAGAGCUCACACCUGACUAUACACCAAAGAAUCCACACAGGAGAGAAGCCCUAUAAAUGCUUGGAAUGUGGAAAGAGUUUCAAUUGUAGCCAUCACCUUAAAUCACAUCGAAGAGUCCACACAGGGGAGAAGCCGUAUAAAUGCAUGGAAUGUGGCAGAAGCUUCAGUCGGAGCUCAACCCUUACUUUACAUCAAAGAGUCCACACAGGGGAGAAGCCAUAUAAAUGCAUGGAAUGUGGAAAGAAUUUCACUUCUAGCCAGUACCUUAAAGUACACAAAAGAAUCCACACAGGGGAGAAGCCAUAUAAAUGCCUGGAUUGUGGGAAAAGCUUCAAUCAGAGCUCAAGCCUUAAUCUACAUCGAAGAGUCCACACAGGGGAGAAGCCAUAUAAAUGCAUGAAAUGCAAAGUUGACAACAAUUUCCAAGCCUUCGUCUUUGAGAUCUGUCUUCUGUUUGGAAAGCGGAGAGGCUCCCAUUUCCUGCCACAGCUGUCCGAAAGUAGCCUGUUUUCAAAUGGCUGCAAGGUGUCCUCCAGCGAUGCUGGUGAGGAGAACGAGAAGCAAACAAACAUAACAUCACAGCCCUUCUACGAGGUGAUAAGAGCCCUGGAAAUCUUGUCCUAG